CUCCCCCUUCCAGUCCCUCCGCCCCCCCGCUCCUGCUCUCCGCCUAGCCUUUUCCCCUCCCAGCCGCCUGCCUGCCAGGGGUAGUGAGCCGGCUGAGCGGCAUGGAGACGCAGGAACUUCGGGGGGCCCUGGCUCUUCUCCUCCUUUGCACUUUCACAUCUGCCAGUCAGGACCUGCAGGUGAUUGACCUGCUGACUGUGGGCGAGUCCCGGCAGAUGGUAGCUGUGGUGGAGAAGAUACGGACAGCCCUGCUCACUGCUGGGGACAUCUAUCUCUUGUCCACCUUCCGCCUGCCCCCCAAGCAGGGUGGUGUCCUCUUCGGCCUCUACUCUCGCCAAGACAACACACGAUGGCUGGAGGCCUCUGUUGUGGGCAAGAUCAACAAAGUGCUGGUGCGGUACCAGCGGGAAGAUGGCAAAGUCCAUGCAGUGAACCUACAGCAAGCAGGCCUGGCUGACGGGCGCACACACACGGCUCUCCUGCGACUCCGAGGUCCGUCCAGACCCAGCCCUGCCCUGCAUCUCUAUGUGGACUGCAAACUGGGUGACCAGCAUGCUGGCCUUCCGGCCCUGGCCCCCAUUCCUCCAGCGGAAGUCAGUGGGCUGGAGAUUAGGACGGGACAGAAGGCUUAUUUGAGGAUGCAGGGCUUUGUGGAAUCUAUGAAAAUGAUUCUGGGCGGGUCCAUGGCCCGGGUCGGAGCCCUGAGUGAGUGUCCGUUCCAGGGGGAUGAGUCUAUCCACAGUGCAGUGGCCAACGCACUGCACUCCAUCCUAGGGGAGCAGACCAAGGCGCUGGUCACCCAACUCACCCUCUUCAACCAGAUCCUGGUAGAGCUGCGGGAUGACAUCCGAGACCAGGUGAAAGAAAUGUCCCUGAUCCGAAACACCAUCAUGGAGUGUCAGGUGUGCGGCUUCCAUGAACAGCGUUCCCACUGCAGCCCCAACCCCUGCUUCCGAGGCGUGGACUGCAUGGAAGUGUAUGAGUACCCCGGCUACCGCUGUGGGCCCUGCCCCCCUGGCCUACAGGGCAACGGCACCCACUGCACAGACAUCAAUGAGUGUGCUCACACGGACCCUUGUUUCCCGGGCUCCAGCUGCGUCAACACCAUGCCUGGCUUCCACUGUGAAGCUUGUCCCCGAGGCUACAAAGGCACACGGGUGUCUGGUGUGGGCAUCGACUACGCCCGGGCUAGCAAACAGGUCUGCAACGAUAUUGAUGAAUGCAAUGAUGGUAACAAUGGUGGCUGUGACCCAAACUCCAUCUGCACCAAUACUGUGGGUUCUUUCAAGUGUGGUCCCUGUCGCUUGGGCUUCUUGGGCAACCAGAGCCAGGGCUGCUUCCCAGCCCGGACCUGCCACAGCCCGACCCACAGCCCCUGCCACGUCCACGCGCACUGUCUCUUUGAACGCAAUGGUGCAGUGUCCUGCUCGUGUAACGUGGGCUGGGCUGGGAACGGGAAUGUGUGUGGACCCGACACAGACAUUGAUGGCUACCCGGACCAGGCGCUGCCCUGCAUGGACAACAACAAACACUGCAAGCAGGACAACUGCCUUCUGACACCCAACUCUGGGCAGGAAGAUGCUGAUAACGACGGUGUGGGGGACCAGUGUGAUGAUGAUGCUGACGGGGACGGGAUCAAGAAUGUUGAGGACAACUGCCGGCUGUUUCCCAACAAGGACCAGCAAAACUCAGAUACAGAUUCAUUUGGUGAUGCCUGUGACAACUGCCCCAACGUUCCCAACAAUGACCAGAAAGACACAGAUGGCAAUGGGGAAGGGGAUGCCUGUGACAACGACGUGGAUGGGGAUGGCAUCCCCAAUGGAUUGGACAAUUGCCCUAAAGUCCCCAACCCCCUGCAGACAGACAGGGAUGAGGAUGGGGUGGGAGAUGCUUGCGACAGCUGCCCUGAAAUGAGCAAUCCCACCCAGACAGAUGCAGACAGCGACCUGGUGGGGGAUGUCUGUGACACCAAUGAAGACAGUGAUGGCGAUGGACAUCAGGACACUAAGGACAAUUGCCCACAGCUGCCCAACAGCUCCCAGCUGGACUCAGACAAUGAUGGAUUUGGAGAUGAGUGUGAUGGGGACGAUGACAAUGAUGGUGUCCCAGAUUACAUGCCUCCUGGUCCUGAUAACUGUCGCCUGGUACCUAAUCCCAAUCAGAAGGACUCAGAUGGCAAUGGCGUUGGUGAUGUGUGUGAGGAUGAUUUUGACAAUGAUGCAGUGGUUGACCCCCUGGAUGUGUGCCCUGAAAGUGCAGAGGUAACCCUCACGGAUUUUCGGGCCUAUCAGACCGUCGUCCUGGAUCCUGAGGGUGAUGCUCAGAUUGACCCAAACUGGGUCGUGCUCAACCAGGGCAUGGAAAUCGUUCAGACCAUGAACAGUGACCCCGGCCUGGCAGUUGGAUAUACAGCUUUCAAUGGUGUGGACUUUGAAGGCACCUUCCAUGUGAACACAGUGACUGAUGAUGACUACGCAGGCUUUCUCUUCAGCUAUCAGGACAGCGGCCGCUUCUACGUGGUCAUGUGGAAGCAAACGGAGCAGACCUACUGGCAGGCCACACCUUUCCGGGCUGUUGCCCAGCCCGGGCUACAGCUCAAGGCAGUGACAUCAGUGUCUGGCCCAGGCGAGCACCUCAGGAAUGCCCUGUGGCAUACAGGUCACACCCCUGAUCAGGUACGGCUGCUGUGGACUGACCCACGAAAUGUAGGCUGGCGUGACAAGACUUCCUACCGCUGGCAGCUGCUGCACCGGCCUCAAGUUGGCUACAUUCGGGUGAAGCUUUAUGAGGGUUCCCAGCUAGUGGCCGAUUCUGGGGUGAUCAUUGACACAUCCAUGCGAGGGGGGCGUCUUGGUGUAUUCUGCUUCUCCCAAGAAAACAUCAUUUGGUCCAAUCUCCAGUAUCGAUGCAAUGACACAGUGCCCGAGGACUUUGAGCCAUUCCGGAGGCAGCUGCUCCAGGAAAGAGUGUGAAGAGGUGGCCACCGGCUUCAGAAUCCUGAUUUUAGACCCUCAGGCCUUGGGGUCCAUCCUGGAGACCCUGGGGUCUAAUUUACAGCCCCUCAGCCAAACACAACCUCCUCUGGCACCCAUCAGUUCAGCCCCAGAGGUGUGGUGACCCCACUGUUCAGGACAUGAGAAGUUUUUGAGGGGUAUUUCUCAGGCAUUAACGCCAGGAAAGACAACAGCACGUUGCCAUAAAGUUCCAAUUGUUUUCUAA